AUGAUUCCGUAUAACGACCCACUGCUUGACAUGGAGGGAACUAUUGGUAGAAUUAUUGCCACUAUUGAAGGCGAAGGCUUAAGCGUUGAAUCAUUUAUCUGCGCCGUUGACGGACCCUUCCCCACCUCAACCUCCGAAAUCCGUAUGUCAAUCCGCGACAGAAUGAUUCUUCAACAGACACUGGAAAUUGUGGAGUUCAUCGAGUGUAGCAACAUCAAUGUCUGGGAAUUCAUCUUUAAUUUUCUGGACCAUCGGUUCCAUUCCCGACGUCCCCAGCAACAUGAUCUACGUGGCCAUUCCUCUGGAUCCCGCCAAUUGGUUCGCGGAAUUUUGAUGAGCAUACGCGAGAGCCUCUAUGAAGCAGGGAAUAACCAUGUCUGGCGUGACUUUGUACAGGACGAGGCGGACACCCUUAACAUAAAUGUAGAUGAGCUGGAGUGA